GGAGACACUGCGGGCUGAGCGGCGAGCGGGCAGGACGGAGGUGGACCUCAGCAGGCUCUGCAUAACCAGCCGUGUGUGAUGAGCGGCCACACCUUGCCUCCUCUUCCCGUCCCAGGCACCAACAGCACAGAGCAGGCCAGUGUCCCCAGAGCCAUGGCAGCCACGCUGGGAGCUGGCACACCCCCCAGGCCCCAGGCCAGGAGCAUAGCUGGGGUGUAUGUGGAGGCCUCGGGCCAGGCCCAGAGUAUCUACACCGCCAUGGAGCAGGGCCUCCUGCCUGCUGGGCUCGGGCUGGCUCUGCUAGAGGCCCAGGCAGCCACUGGGGGCCUGGUGGAUCCCGCCCAGGGCCAGCUGCUCCCUGUAUCCAAGGCCCUGCAGCAGGGUCUGGUGGGGCUGGAGCUGAAGGAGAAGCUGCUGGCCGCUGAGCGUGCCACUACGGGCUAUCCUGACCCCUACGGGGGUGAGAAACUGGCCCUCUUUCAGGCCAUCGGGAAGGAGGUUGUGGACAGGGCCCUGGGGCAGAGCUGGCUGGAGGUCCAACUGGCCACUGGGGGCCUGGUGGACCCCACCCAGGGAGUGCUCGUGGCCCCUGAGCCAGCCUGCCACCAGGGCCUCCUGGACCGGGAGACAUGGCACAAGCUGUCAGAGCUUGAGCCUGGCACAGGCGACCUGCGCUUCCUCGACCCCAACACGCUGGAGCGGCUGACAUACCACCAGCUGCUGGAAAGGUGUGUGCGGGCCCCCGGCUCGGGGCUAGCCUUGCUGCCCCUCAAGAUCACCUUCCGCUCCAUGGGCGGGGCGGUGAGUGCAGCAGAGCUGCUGGAGGUGGGCAUCCUGGAUGAGCAGGCUGUGCAGGGUCUGCGGGAGGGCAGGCUGGCCGCAGUGGACGUGAGUGCACGUGCCGAGGUGCGGCGCUACCUGGAGGGUACGGGCAGCGUGGCCGGGGUUGUCCUGCUGCCCGAAGGCCACAAGAAGAGCUUUUUCCAGGCUGCCACCGAGCACCUGCUCCCAAUGGGCACCGCACUGCCACUCCUAGAGGCCCAGGCUGCCACCCACACCCUGGUGGACCCCAUCACAGGCCAGCGGCUGUGGGUAGACGAGGCAGUCAGGGCGGGCCUGGUCAGCCCAGAGCUCCAUGAGCAGCUCCUGGUGGCCGAGCAGGCUGUGACAGGGCACCACGACCCCUUCAGUGGCUCCCAAAUCCCCCUUUUCCAGGCCAUGAAGAAGGGGCUAGUGGACAGGCCACUGGCACUGCGGCUCCUGGAUGCCCAGCUGGCCACAGGCGGGCUGGUCUGUCCGGCAUGCAGGCUCCGGCUGCCCCUGGAGGCCGCCCUGCGCUGCGGCUGCCUGGAUGAAGACACUCAGCGGCAGCUCUCGCAGGCUGGCAGCUUCUCAGACGGCACGCACGGCGGCCUGCGCUAUGAACAGCUGCUGGCCCUCUGUGUCACUGACCCAGAGACCGGGCUCGCCUUCCUGCCACUCUCAGGGGGACCCCGGGGAGGGGAGCCCCAGGGACCCCCAUUCAUCAAGUACAGCACUUGGCAGGCCCUGAGCACAGCCACAGCCACCGUCUCCGUGGGGAAGUUCCGGGGCCGGCCCGUGUCCCUCUGGGAGCUGCUCUUCUCUGAGGCCAUCUCCUCAGAGCAGAGGGCGAUGCUGGCCCAGCAGUACCAGGAAGGGACCCUCUCCGUGGAGAAGCUGGCCGCUGAGCUGAGCGCCACCCUCGAGCAGGCUGCAGCCAUUGCCAGGGUCACCUUUUCUGGGCUGAGGGACACCGUGACACCAGGAGAGCUGCUGAAAGCCGAGAUCAUCGACCAGGACCUGUACGAGCGGCUGGAGCACGGACAGGCCACAGCCCAGGAUGUGGGCAGCCUGGCCUCGGUGCAGAGGUACCUGCAGGGUACAGGCUGCAUUGCUGGCCUGCUGCUCCCUGGCUCCCAGGAACGCCUGAGCAUCUAUGAGGCCCGAUGCAAGGGGCUCCUCCGGCCCGGCACUGCCCUCAUCCUUCUGGAGGCACAAGCUGCCACCGGCUUCAUUAUCGACCCAAAAGCAAACAAGGGGCACUCUGUUGAGGAGGCACUGAGGGCUGCUGUCAUUGGGCCUGAUGUGUUCGCGAAGCUGCUGUCGGCUGAGCGCGCUGUCACUGGCUACGCUGACCCCUACACCGGGCAGCAGAUCUCCCUCUUCCAGGCCAUGCAGAAGGGCCUCAUCGUCCGGGAGCACGGCAUCCGCCUGCUGGAGGCCCAGAUCGCCACGGGCGGCGUCAUCGACCCCGUGCACAGCCACCGCGUGCCUGUGGACGUGGCCUACCGGCGCGGCUACUUCGAUCAGAUGCUGAACUUGAUCCUGUUGGACCCUUCUGAUGACACCAAGGGCUUCUUCGACCCCAACACGCACGAGAACCUCACGUACCUGCAGCUUCUGGAGCGCUGUGUGCGUGACCCCGAGACAGGCCUGUACCUCCUGCCACUCAGCAGCACGCAGUCCCCACUGGUGGACAGUGCCACCCAGCAGGCCUUCCAGAACCUGCUGCUCUCCGUGAAGUAUGGACGGUUUCAGGGGCAGAGGGUCUCCGCGUGGGAGCUGAUCAACUCUGAGUACUUCAGCGAGGGCCGCAGGAGGCAGCUGCUGCGUCGCUACCGGCGGCGCGAGGUCACGCUGGGGCAGGUGGCAAAGCUGCUGGAGGCGGAGACGCAGAGACAGGCGGACAUCACGCUGCCCGCACUGCGGAGCCGGGUUACCGUCCACCAGCUCCUGGAGGCCGGUAUCAUUGACCAGCAGCUGUUGGACCAAGUGCUGGCCGGGACAAUCAGCCCGGAGGCCCUCCUACUCAUGGACGGCGUCCGCAGGUACCUGUGUGGCCUGGGAGCUGUGGGCGGUGUGCGGCUGCUGCCCUCUGGCCAGCGGCUCAGCCUCUACCAGGCCAUGAGGCAGAAGCUGCUGGGGCCCAGGGUGGCCCUGGCCCUGCUGGAGGCCCAGGCGGCCACCGGAACCAUUAUGGACCCUCACAGCCCAGAGAGCCUCUCGGUGGAUGAGGCCGUACGCAGGGGUGUGGUGGGGCCGGAGCUGUAUGGCAGGCUGAAGCGGGCUGAGGGUGCCAUUGCUGGCUUCAGAGACCCCUUCUCUGGGAAGCAGGUGUCUGUGUUCCAGGCCAUGAAGAAAGGUCUCAUCCCUUGGGAGCAAGCUGCCCGCCUCCUGGAGGCUCAACUGGCCACAGGAGGGAUCAUUGACCCCACCAGCCACCACCACCUCCCCAUGCCAGUGGCCAUUCAGCGUGGCUGUGUUGACCAGGAGAUGGAGACAGCCUUGUCCAGCUCCUCCGAGACCUUCCCCACACCGGACGGCCAGGGGCGCACCAGCUAUGCCCAGCUCCUGGAGCAAUGCCCCAGGGAUGAGACUUCUGGCCUUCACCUCCUGCCCCUGCCAGAAAGUGCUCCUGCCCUCCCCACCGAGGAGCAGGUCCAGAGGAGCCUGCAGGCCGUGCCGGGGGCCGAGGAUGGCACAUCCCUCUGGGACCUGCUCAGCUCCUGCCACUUCACCGAGGAGCAACGGAGGGGCCUGCUGGAGGACGUGCGGGAGGGGAAGACCACUGUGCCACAGCUGCUAGCCUCUGUGCAGAGGUGGAUACAGGAGACCAAGCUCCUGGCCCAGGCCCGCGUCAUGGUGCCCGGCCCACGGGGUGAGGUACCCGCUGUCUGGCUGCUGGAUGCUGGCAUUAUCACCCAGGAGACCCUUGAGGCCCUGGCUCAGGGCUCGCAGUCGCCCGCCCAGGUCGCCGAGCAGCCGGCGGUGAAGACCUGCCUGUGGGGCACAGGCUGCGUGGCUGGUGUGCUGCUACAGCCCUCUGGGGUCAAGGCCAGCAUCGCCCAGGCCGUGAGGGAUGGCCUCCUGCCCACAGGCCUGGGCCAGAGGCUGCUGGAAGCCCAGGUGGCAUCUGGCUUCCUUGUUGACCCCCUGAACAACCAGAGACUGUCAGUGGCAGACGCGGUUAAGGUCGGCCUGGUAGGCAGGGAGCUGAGUGAGCAGCUCGGGCAGGCCGAGAGGGCGGCGGCCGGGUACCCAGAUCCCUACUCCGGGGCCUCCCUCUCUCUGUGGCAGGCCAUGGAGAAGGGGCUCGUGCCACAGAACGAGGGCUUGCCCCUCCUGCAGGUGCAGCUGGCCACAGGGGGUGUGGUGGACCCUGUCCACGGGGUGCACCUGCCCCAGGCGGCAGCCUGCAGACUCGGCCUUCUGGACACACAGACGAGCCAGGUGCUGACUGCAGUUGACAAGGACAACAAGUUCUUCUUUGACCCCAGUGCGCGGGACCAGGUGACCUACCAGCAGCUCAGGGAGCGCUGCGUGUGCGACUCCGAGACCGGCUUGUUGCUGCUGCCACUGCCCUCAGACACAGUGCUUGAGGUGGACGACCACACCACGGUGGCUCUGAGGGCCAUGAAGGUGCCCGUCAGCACAGGGAGGUUUAAGGGGUGUAGCGUGUCACUCUGGGACCUGUUGCUUUCCGAAUACGUUGGCGCUGACAAGCGGCGGGAGCUGGUGGCACUCUGUCGGUCUGGGAGGGCUGCGGCCCUGCGGCAGGUGGUCAGCGCAGUCACCGCCCUGGUCGAGGCUGCAGAGGGGCAGCCCUUGCAGGCCACCUUCAGAGGGCUCCGGAAGCAGGUGUCAGCCAGGGACCUAUUCAGGGCGCAGCUGAUCAGCAGGAAGACGCUGGACGAGCUGAGCCAGGGGACAACGACUGUGAAGGAGGUGGCGGAGAUGGACAGCGUGAGGCGGUCCCUGGAGGGAGGCAACUUCAUUGCCGGGGUCCUUAUCCAGGGCACCCAGGAGAGGAUGAGCAUCCCAGAGGCCCUGAGGAGGCACAUCCUGCGGCCUGGCACAGCCCUGGUGCUGCUGGAGGCACAGGCAGCUACCGGAUUCAUCAUCGACCCCGUGGAGAACCGGAAGCUGACCGUGGAGGAGGCGUUCAAAGCAGGAAUGUUCGGGAAAGAAACCUACGUGAAGCUGCUGUCGGCCGAGCGUGCCGUCACCGGCUACACCGACCCCUAUACUGGGCAGCAGAUCUCCCUCUUCCAGGCCAUGCAGAAGGACCUCAUCGUCCGGGAGCACGGCAUCCGCCUGCUGGAGGCCCAGAUCGCCACGGGCGGCAUCAUCGACCCCGUGCACAGCCACCGCGUGCCCGUGGACGUGGCCUACCACUGCGGCUACUUCGACGAGGAGAUGAACCGCGUCCUGGCGGACCCCAGCGACGACACCAAGGGCUUCUUCGACCCCAACACGCACGAGAACCUCACGUACCUGCAGCUUCUGGAGCGCUGUGUGGAGGACCCCGAGACGGGCCUGUACCUGCUACAAAUCAUAAAGAAAGGAGAAACCUACGUGUACAUCAAUGAGGCCACGAGACACGUGUUGCAAUCCAGAACUGCAAAAAUGCGCGUGGGGAGGUUUGCUGACCAGGUGGUCUCUUUCUGGGACCUGCUGUCCUCUCCAUACUUCACAGAGGACAGGAAGCGGGAGCUCAUCCAGGAGUAUGGAGCCCAGAGUGGGGGCCUGGAGAAAUUGCUGGAAAUCAUCACCACGACAAUUGAAGAAACAGAGAUGCAAAACCAAGACAUCAAAGUGGCGGCCAUCAGAGGGGAGGUGACAGCUGCAGACCUGUUCAACUCCAGGGUCAUCGAUCAGAAGACCCUGCACACACUUCGUGCGGGGAGGACUGGGGGACAGGCACUCAGCACGCUGGAGUGUGUGAAGCCCUACCUGGAAGGCAGCGGCUGCAUUGCGGGGGUCACGGUGCCCUCCACCAGGGAGGUCAUGAGCCUCCAUGAGGCCAGCAGGAAGGAGCUCAUCCCUGCAGCAUUUGCAACUUGGCUGCUAGAGGCGCAGGCCGCCACCGGGUUCCUCCUGGACCCCUGCACCCGCCAGAAGCUCUCUGUGGAUGAGGCCGUGGAUGUGGGCCUGGUGAGCGAGGAGCUGCGGGAGAGGCUCCUGAAGGCUGAAAGGGCUGCCACGGGCUACAGGGAUCCGGCCACGGGAGACACGAUCCCGCUGUUCCAGGCCAUGCAGAAGCAGCUCAUCGAGAAGGCGGAGGCACUGAGGCUGCUGGAGGUGCAGGUGGCCACGGGGGGUGUCAUCGACCCACAGCACCACCACCGGCUCCCACUGGAAACAGCCUACAGACGGGGCUGUCUGCACAAAGACAUCUAUGCGCUCAUUUCCGACCAGAAGCACAUGAGGAAACGGUUUGUGGACCCGAACACGCAAGAGAAGGUCUCGUACCGAGAGCUGCAGGAGAGGUGCCGCCCACAAGAGGACACGGGCUGGGUGCUCUUCCCAGUGAACAAGGAUGCACGGGACUCCGAGUACAUCGAUGACGAGACAAGAAGGGCCCUGGAGGCAGAGCAAGUGGAAAUCACAGUGGGAAGAUUCAGAGGCCAGAAACCAACACUGUGGGCACUACUGAAUUCCGAAUACGUGACAGAGGAGAAGAAGCUCCAGCUGGUGAGGAUGUAUAGAACAGACACGAGACGGGCACUGCAGAAGGUAGCGCAGCUCAUCUUAGACACGAUUGAGAAGCAGGAAAACAGCAACAAACACCUGUGGUUCCAAGGAAUUAGACGACAGAUCACAGCUUCUGAACUCCUCAGCUCAGCCAUAAUCACGGAGGAAAUGCUCCAGGACCUGGCCCAGGGCACUAAGACGCUGCAGGAGGUGACGGAGAUGGACUCGGUCAAGCGCUACCUGGAGGGCACCAGCUGCAUCGCGGGCGUCCUGGUGCCCGCCAAGGACCAGCCCGGCCGCCAGGAGAAGAUGAGCAUCUACCAGGCCAUGUGGAAGGGCGUGCUGCGGCCCGGCACGGCCCUGGUGCUGCUGGAGGCGCAGGCGGCCACCGGCUUCGUCAUCGACCCCGUGCGCAACCUGAGGCUGUCCGUGGAGGAGGCCGUGGCCGCGGGCGUGGUGGGCGGCGAGAUCCAGGAGAAGCUGCUGUCGGCCGAGCGCGCCGUCACCGGCUACACCGACCCCUACACCGGGCAGCAGAUCUCCCUCUUCCAGGCCAUGCAGAAGGACCUCAUCGUCCGGGAGCACGGCAUCCGCCUGCUGGAGGCCCAGAUCGCCACGGGCGGCGUCAUCGACCCCGUGCACAGCCACCGCGUGCCCGUGGACGUGGCCUACCGGCGCGGCUACUUCGACGAGGAGAUGAACCGCGUCCUGGCGGACCCCAGCGACGACACCAAGGGCUUCUUCGACCCCAACACGCACGAGAACCUCACGUACGUGCAGCUGCUGCGCCGCUGCGUGCCCGACCCGGACACCGGGCUCUACAUGCUGCAGCUGGCAGGCCGGGGCUCCGCCGUGCACCAGCUGAGCGAGGAGCUGCGCUGUGCCCUGCGCGACGCCCGCGUGACGCCAGGCUCGGGCGCCCUCCAGGGCCAGAGCGUCUCCGUCUGGGAGCUCCUCUUCUACCGCGAGGUGUCCGAGGACCGGCGCCAGGACCUGCUGAGCAGAUACCGGGUGGGCACGCUGACCGUGGAGGAGCUGGGCGCCACCCUCACCUCGCUGCUGGCCCGGGCCCAGGCCCGGGCCGAGGCCGAGGCCGGGAGCCCGCGCCCAGACCCCCGGGAGGCCCUGCGUGCGGCCACCAUGGAGGUCAAGGUGGGCCGCCUCCGGGGGCGCGCGGUGCCCGUGUGGGACGUGCUGGCGUCCGGCUACGUGAGCGGGGCCGCCCGGGAGGAGCUGCUGGCCGAGUUUGGCUCGGGGACUCUGGACUUGCCCGCACUGACCCGCCGGCUGACCGCCAUCAUCGAGGAGGCCGAGGAGGCCCCCGGGGCCCGGCCGCAGCUCCAGGACGCCUGGCGCGGCCCGCGGGAGCCAGGGCCAGCCGGGCGAGGGGACGGCGACUCGGGGCGCUCCCAGCGAGAGGGCGAGGGGGAGGGCGAGACCCAGGAGGCCGCCGCCGCCGCCGCCCACCGCCAGGAGCAGACCCUGCGUGAUGCCACCAUGGAGGUGCAGCGCGGGCAGUUCCAGGGGCGGCCGGUCUCCGUGUGGGACGUCCUCUUCUCCUCGUACCUGAGCGAGGCCCGCCGAGACGAGCUCCUGGCCCAGCACGCGGCCGGCGCCCUGGGCCUGCCCGACCUCGUCGCCGUCCUCACCCGGGUCAUCGAGGAGACCGAGGAGCGGCUCAGCAAGGUGUCCUUCCGCGGCCUGAGGCGCCAGGUGUCCGCCUCCGAGCUGCACACGUCCGGGAUCCUGGGCCCCGAGACCCUGCGGGACCUGGCCCAGGGCACUAAGACGCUGCAGGAGGUGACGGAGAUGGACUCGGUCAAGCGCUACCUGGAGGGCACCAGCUGCAUCGCGGGCGUCCUGGUGCCCGCCAAGGACCAGCCCGGCCGCCAGGAGAAGAUGAGCAUCUACCAGGCCAUGUGGAAGGGCGUGCUGCGGCCCGGCACGGCCCUGGUGCUGCUGGAGGCGCAGGCGGCCACCGGCUUCGUCAUCGACCCCGUGCGCAACCUGAGGCUGUCCGUGGAGGAGGCCGUGGCCGCGGGCGUGGUGGGCGGCGAGAUCCAGGAGAAGCUGCUGUCGGCCGAGCGCGCCGUCACCGGCUACACCGACCCCUACACCGGGCAGCAGAUCUCCCUCUUCCAGGCCAUGCAGAAGGACCUCAUCGUCCGGGAGCACGGCAUCCGCCUGCUGGAGGCCCAGAUCGCCACGGGCGGCGUCAUCGACCCCGUGCACAGCCACCGCGUGCCCGUGGACGUGGCCUACCGGCGCGGCUACUUCGACGAGGAGAUGAACCGCGUCCUGGCGGACCCCAGCGAUGACACCAAGGGCUUCUUCGACCCCAACACGCACGAGAACCUCACGUACGUGCAGCUGCUGCGCCGCUGCGUGCCCGACCCGGACACCGGGCUCUACAUGCUGCAGCUGGCAGGCCGGGGCUCCGCCGUGCACCAGCUGAGCGAGGAGCUGCGCUGUGCCCUGCGCGACGCCCGCGUGACGCCAGGCUCGGGCGCCCUCCAGGGCCAGAGCGUCUCCGUCUGGGAGCUCCUCUUCUACCGCGAGGUGUCCGAGGACCGGCGCCAGGACCUGCUGAGCAGAUACCGGGCGGGCACGCUGACCGUGGAGGAGCUGGGCGCCACCCUCACCUCGCUGCUGGCCCGGGCCCAGGCCCGGGCCGAGGCCGAGGCCGGGAGCCCGCGCCCAGACCCCCGGGAGGCCCUGCGUGCGGCCACCAUGGAGGUCAAGGUGGGCCGCCUCCGGGGGCGCGCGGUGCCCGUGUGGGACGUGCUGGCGUCCGGCUACGUGAGCGGGGCCGCCCGGGAGGAGCUGCUGGCCGAGUUUGGCUCGGGGACUCUGGACUUGCCCGCACUGACCCGCCGGCUGACCGCCAUCAUCGAGGAGGCCGAGGAGGCCCCCGGGGUCCGGCCGCAGCUCCAGGACGCCUGGCGCGGCCCGCGGGAGCCAGGGCCAGCCGGGCGAGGGGACGGCGACUCGGGGCGCUCCCAGCGAGAGGGCGAGGGGGAGGGCGAGACCCAGGAGGCCGCCGCCGCCGCCGCCCACCGCCAGGAGCAGACCCUGCGUGAUGCCACCAUGGAGGUGCAGCGCGGGCAGUUCCAGGGGCGGCCGGUCUCCCUGUGGGACGUCCUCUUCUCCUCGUACCUGAGCGAGGCCCGCCGAGACGAGCUCCUGGCCCAGCACGCGGCCGGCGCCCUGGGCCUGCCCGACCUCGUCGCCGUCCUCACCCGGGUCAUCGAGGAGACCGAGGAGCGGCUCAGCAAGGUGUCCUUCCGCGGCCUGAGGCGCCAGGUGUCCGCCUCCGAGCUGCACACGUCCGGGAUCCUGGGCCCCGAGACCCUGCGGGACCUGGCCCAGGGCACUAAGACGCUGCAGGAGGUGACGGAGAUGGACUCGGUCAAGCGCUACCUGGAGGGCACCAGCUGCAUCGCGGGCGUCCUGGUGCCCGCCAAGGACCAGCCCGGCCGCCAGGAGAAGAUGAGCAUCUACCAGGCCAUGUGGAAGGGCGUGCUGCGGCCCGGCACGGCCCUGGUGCUGCUGGAGGCGCAGGCGGCCACCGGCUUCGUCAUCGACCCCGUGCGCAACCUGAGGCUGUCCGUGGAGGAGGCCGUGGCCGCGGGCGUGGUGGGCGGCGAGAUCCAGGAGAAGCUGCUGUCGGCCGAGCGCGCCGUCACCGGCUACACCGACCCCUACACCGGGCAGCAGAUCUCCCUCUUCCAGGCCAUGCAGAAGGACCUCAUCGUCCGGGAGCACGGCAUCCGCCUGCUGGAGGCCCAGAUCGCCACGGGCGGCGUCAUCGACCCCGUGCACAGCCACCGCGUGCCCGUGGACGUGGCCUACCGGCGCGGCUACUUCGACGAGGAGAUGAACCGCGUCCUGGCGGACCCCAGCGACGACACCAAGGGCUUCUUCGACCCCAACACGCACGAGAACCUCACGUACGUGCAGCUGCUGCGCCGCUGCGUGCCCGACCCGGACACCGGGCUCUACAUGCUGCAGCUGGCAGGCCGGGGCUCUGCCGUGCACCAGCUGAGCGAGGAGCUGCGCUGUGCCCUGCGCGAUGCCCGCGUGACGCCAGGCUCGGGCGCCCUCCAGGGCCAGAGCGUCUCCGUCUGGGAGCUCCUCUUCUACCGCGAGGUGUCCGAGGACCGGCGCCAGGACCUGCUGAGCAGAUACCGGGCGGGCACGCUGACCGUGGAGGAGCUGGGCGCCACCCUCACCUCGCUGCUGGCCCGGGCCCAGGCCCGGGCCGAGGCCGAGGCCGGGAGCCCGCGCCCAGACCCCCGGGAGGCCCUGCGUGCGGCCACCAUGGAGGUCAAGGUGGGCCGCCUCCGGGGGCGCGCGGUGCCCGUGUGGGACGUGCUGGCGUCCGGCUACAUGAGCGGGGCCGCCCGGGAGGAGCUGCUGGCCGAGUUUGGCUCGGGGACUCUGGACUUGCCCGCACUGACCCGCCGGCUGACCGCCAUCAUCGAGGAGGCCGAGGAGGCCCCCGGGGCCCGGCCGCAGCUCCAGGACGUCUGGCGCGGCCCGCGGGAGCCAGGGCCAGCCGGGCGAGGGGACGGCGACUCGGGGCGCUCCCAGCGAGAGGGCGAGGGGGAGGGCGAGACCCAGGAGGCCGCCGCCGCCGCCGCCCACCGCCAGGAGCAGACCCUGCGUGAUGCCACCAUGGAGGUGCAGCGCGGGCAGUUCCAGGGGCGGCCGGUCUCCGUGUGGGACGUCCUCUUCUCCUCGUACCUGAGCGAGGCCCGCCGAGACGAGCUCCUGGCCCAGCACGCGGCCGGCGCCCUGGGCCUGCCCGACCUCGUCGCCGUCCUCACCCGGGUCAUCGAGGAGACCGAGGAGCGGCUCAGCAAGGUGUCCUUCCGCGGCCUGAGGCGCCAGGUGUCCGCCUCCGAGCUGCACACGUCCGGGAUCCUGGGCCCCGAGACCCUGCGGGACCUGGCCCAGGGCACUAAGACGCUGCAGGAGGUGACGGAGAUGGACUCGGUCAAGCGCUACCUGGAGGGCACCAGCUGCAUCGCGGGCGUCCUGGUGCCCGCCAAGGACCAGCCCGGCCGCCAGGAGAAGAUGAGCAUCUACCAGGCCAUGUGGAAGGGCGUGCUGCGGCCCGGCACGGCCCUGGUGCUGCUGGAGGCGCAGGCGGCCACCGGCUUCGUCAUCGACCCCGUGCGCAACCUGAGGCUGUCCGUGGAGGAGGCCGUGGCCGCGGGCGUGGUGGGCGGCGAGAUCCAGGAGAAGCUGCUGUCGGCCGAGCGCGCCGUCACCGGCUACACCGACCCCUACACCGGGCAGCAGAUCUCCCUCUUCCAGGCCAUGCAGAAGGACCUCAUCGUCCGGGAGCACGGCAUCCGCCUGCUGGAGGCCCAGAUCGCCACGGGCGGCGUCAUCGACCCCGUGCACAGCCACCGCGUGCCCGUGGACGUGGCCUACCGGCGCGGCUACUUCGACGAGGAGAUGAACCGCAUCCUGGCGGACCCCAGCGACGACACCAAGGGCUUCUUCGACCCCAACACGCACGAGAACCUCACGUACGUGCAGCUGCUGCGCCGCUGCGUGCCCGACCCGGACACCGGGCUCUACAUGCUGCAGCUGGCAGGCCGGGGCUCCGCCGUGCACCAGCUGAGCGAGGAGCUGCGCUGUGCCCUGCGCGACGCCCGCGUGACGCCAGGCUCGGGCGCCCUCCAGGGCCAGAGCGUCUCCGUCUGGGAGCUCCUCUUCUACCGCGAGGUGUCCGAGGACCGGCGCCAGGACCUGCUGAGCAGAUACCGGGUGGGCACGCUGACCGUGGAGGAGCUGGGCGCCACCCUCACCUCGCUGCUGGCCCGGGCCCAGGCCCGGGCCGAGGCCGAGGCCGGGAGCCCGCGCCCAGACCCCCGGGAGGCCCUGCGUGCGGCCACCAUGGAGGUCAAGGUGGGCCGCCUCCGGGGGCGCGCGGUGCCCGUGUGGGACGUGCUGGCGUCCGGCUACGUGAGCGGGGCCGCCCGGGAGGAGCUGCUGGCCGAGUUUGGCUCGGGGACUCUGGACUUGCCCGCACUGACCCGCCGGCUGACCGCCAUCAUCGAGGAGGCCGAGGAGGCCCCCGGGGCCCGGCCGCAGCUCCAGGACGCCUGGCGCGGCCCGCGGGAGCCAGGGCCAGCCGGGCGAGGGGACGGCGACUCGGGGCGCUCCCAGCGAGAGGGCGAGGGGGAGGGCGAGACCCAGGAGGCCGCCGCCGCCGCCGCCCACCGCCAGGAGCAGACCCUGCGUGAUGCCACCAUGGAGGUGCAGCGCGGGCAGUUCCAGGGGCGGCCGGUCUCCGUGUGGGACGUCCUCUUCUCCUCGUACCUGAGCGAGGCCCGCCGAGACGAGCUCCUGGCCCAGCACGCGGCCGGCGCCCUGGGCCUGCCCGACCUCGUCGCCGUCCUCACCCGGGUCAUCGAGGAGACCGAGGAGCGGCUCAGCAAGGUGUCCUUCCGCGGCCUGAGGCGCCAGGUGUCCGCCUCUGAGCUGCACACGUCCGGGAUCCUGGGCCCCGAGACCCUGCGGGACCUGGCCCAGGGCACUAAGACGCUGCAGGAGGUGACGGAGAUGGACUCGGUCAAGCGCUACCUGGAGGGCACCAGCUGCAUCGCGGGCGUCCUGGUGCCCGCCAAGGACCAGCCCGGCCGCCAGGAGAAGAUGAGCAUCUACCAGGCCAUGUGGAAGGGCGUGCUGCGGCCCGGCACGGCCCUGGUGCUGCUGGAGGCGCAGGCGGCCACCGGCUUCGUCAUCGACCCCGUGCGCAACCUGAGGCUGUCCGUGGAGGAGGCCGUGGCCGCGGGCGUGGUGGGCGGCGAGAUCCAGGAGAAGCUGCUGUCGGCCGAGCGCGCCGUCACCGGCUACACCGACCCCUACACCGGGCAGCAGAUCUCCCUCUUCCAGGCCAUGCAGAAGGACCUCAUCGUCCGGGAGCACGGCAUCCGCCUGCUGGAGGCCCAGAUCGCCACGGGCGGCGUCAUCGACCCCGUGCACAGCCACCGCGUGCCCGUGGACGUGGCCUACCGGCGCGGCUGCUUCGACGAGGAGAUGAACCGCGUCCUGGCGGACCCCAGCGACGACACCAAGGGCUUCUUCGACCCCAACACGCACGAGAACCUCACGUACGUGCAGCUGCUGCGCCGCUGCGUGCCCGACCCGGACACCGGGCUCUACAUGCUGCAGCUGGCAGGCCGGGGCUCCGCCGUGCACCAGCUGAGCGAGGAGCUGCGCUGUGCCCUGCGCGACGCCCGCGUGACGCCAGGCUCGGGCGCCCUCCAGGGCCAGAGCGUCUCCGUCUGGGAGCUCCUCUUCUACCGCGAGGUGUCCGAGGACCGGCGCCAGGACCUGCUGAGCAGAUACCGGGCGGGCACGCUGACCGUGGAGGAGCUGGGCGCCACCCUCACCUCGCUGCUGGCCCGGGCCCAGGCCCUGGCCGAGGCCGAGGCCGGGAGCCCGCGCCCAGACCCCCGGGAGGCCCUGCAUGCGGCCACCAUGGAGGUCAAGGUGGGCCGCCUCCGGGGGCGCGCGGUGCCCGUGUGGGACGUGCUGGCAUCCGGCUACGUGAGCGGGGCCGCCCGGGAGGAGCUGCUGGCCGAGUUUGGCUCGGGGACUCUGGACUUGCCCGCACUGACCCGCCGGCUGACCGCCAUCAUCGAGGAGGCCGAGGAGGCCCCCGGGGCCCGGCCGCAGCUCCAGGACGCCUGGCGCGGCCCGCGGGAGCCAGGGCCAGCCGGGCGAGGGGACGGCGACUCGGGGCGCUCCCAGCGAGAGGGCGAGGGGGAGGGCGAGACCCAGGAGGCCGCUGCCGCCGCCGCCCACCGCCAGGAGCAGACCCUGCGUGAUGCCACCAUGGAGGUGCAGCGCGGGCAGUUCCAGGGGCGGCCGGUCUCCGUGUGGGACGUCCUCUUCUCCUCGUACCUGAGCGAGGCCCGCCGAGACGAGCUCCUGGCCCAGCACGCGGCCGGCACCCUGGGCCUGCCCGACCUCGUCGCCGUCCUCACCCGGGUCAUCGAGGAGACCGAGGAGCGGCUCAGCAAGGUGUCCUUCCGCGGCCUGAGGCGCCAGGUGUCCGCCUCCGAGCUGCACACGUCCGGGAUCCUGGGCCCCGAGACCCUGCGGGACCUGGCCCAGGGCACUAAGACGCUGCAGGAGGUGACGGAGAUGGACUCGGUCAAGCGCUACCUGGAGGGCACCAGCUGCAUCGCGGGCGUCCUGGUGCCCGCCAAGGACCAGCCCGGCCGCCAGGAGAAGAUGAGCAUCUACCAGGCCAUGUGGAAGGGCGUGCUGCGGCCCGGCACGGCCCUGGUGCUGCUGGAGGCGCAGGCGGCCACCGGCUUCGUCGUCGACCCCGUGCGCAACCUGAGGCUGUCCGUGGAGGAGGCCGUGGCCGCGGGCGUGGUGGGCGGCGAGAUCCAGGAGAAGCUGCUGUCGGCCGAGCGCGCCGUCACCGGCUACACCGACCCCUACACCGGGCAGCAGAUCUCCCUCUUCCAGGCCAUGCAGAAGGACCUCAUCGUCCGGGAGCACGGCAUCCGCCUGCUGGAGGCCCAGAUCGCCACGGGCGGCGUCAUCGACCCCGUGCACAGCCACCGCGUGCCCGUGGACGUGGCCUACCGGCGCGGCUACUUCGACGAGGAGAUGAACCGCAUCCUGGCGGACCCCAGCGACGACACCAAGGGCUUCUUCGACCCCAACACGCACGAGAACCUCACGUACGUGCAGCUGCUGCGCCGCUGCGUGCCCGACCCGGACACCGGGCUCUACAUGCUGCAGCUGGCAGGCCGGGGCUCCGCCGUGCACCAGCUGAGCGAGGAGCUGCGCUGUGCCCUGCGCGACGCCCGCGUGACGCCAGGCUCGGGCGCCCUCCAGGGCCAGAGCGUCUCCGUCUGGGAGCUCCUCUUCUACCGCGAGGUGUCCGAGGACCGGCGCCAGGACCUGCUGAGCAGAUACCGGGCGGGCACGCUGACCGUGGAGGAGCUGGGCGCCACCCUCACCUCGCUGCUGGCCCGGGCCCAGGCCCGGGCCGAGGCCGAGGCCGGGAGCCCGCGCCCAGACCCCCGGGAGGCCCUGCGUGCGGCCACCAUGGAGGUCAAGGUGGGCCGCCUCCGGGGGCGCGCGGUGCCCGUGUGGGACGUGCUGGCGUCCGGCUACGUGAGCGGGGCCGCCCGGGAGGAGCUGCUGGCCGAGUUUGGCUCGGGGACUCUGGACUUGCCCGCACUGACCCGCCGGCUGACCGCCAUCAUCGAGGAGGCCGAGGAGGCCCCCGGGGCCCGGCCGCAGCUCCAGGACGCCUGGCGCGGCCCACGGGAGCCAGGGCCAGCCGGGCGAGGGGACGGCGACUCGGGGCGCUCCCAGCGAGAGGGCGAGGGGGAGGGCGAGACCCAGGAGGCCGCCGCCGCCGCCGCCCACCGCCAGGAGCAGACCCUGCGUGAUGCCACCAUGGAGGUGCAGCGCGGGCAGUUCCAGGGGUGGCCGGUCUCCAUGUGGGACGUCCUCUUCUCCUCGUACCUGAGCGAGGCCCGCCGAGACGAGCUCCUGGCCCAGCACGCGGCCGGCGCCCUGGGCCUGCCCGACCUCGUCGCCAUCCUCACCCGGGUCAUCGAGGAGACCGAGGAGCGGCUCAGCAAGGUGUCCUUCCGCGGCCUGAGGCGCCAGGUGUCCGCCUCCGAGCUGCACACGUCCGGGAUCCUGGGCCCCGAGACCCUGCGGGACCUGGCCCAGGGCACUAAGACGCUGCAGGAGGUGACGGAGAUGGACUCGGUCAAGCGCUACCUGGAGGGCACCAGCUGCAUCGCGGGCGUCCUGGUGCCCGCCAAGGACCAGCCCGGCCGCCAGGAGAAGAUGAGCAUCUACCAGGCCAUGUGGAAGGGCGUGCUGCGGCCCGGCACGGCCCUGGUGCUGCUGGAGGCGCAGGCGGCCACCGGCUUCGUCAUCGACCCCGUGCGCAACCUGAGGCUGUCCGUGGAGGAGGCCGUGGCCGCGGGCGUGGUGGGCGGCGAGAUCCAGGAGAAGCUGCUGUCGGCCGAGCGCGCCGUCACCGGCUACACCGACCCCUACACCGGGCAGCAGAUCUCCCUCUUCCAGGCCAUGCAGAAGGACCUCAUCGUCCGGGAGCACGGCAUCCGCCUGCUGGAGGCCCAGAUCGCCACGGGCGGCGUCAUCGACCCCGUGCACAGCCACCGCGUGCCCGUGGACGUGGCCUACCGGCGCGGCUACUUCGACGAGGAGAUGAACCGCGUCCUGGCGGACCCCAGCGACGACACCAAGGGCUUCUUCGACCCCAACACGCACGAGAACCUCACGUACCUGCAGCUUCUGCAGAGGGCCACCCUCGACCCUGAGACGGGGCUCCUAUUUCUUUCUCUCUCUCUACAGUGACUGGGCUUCCUCCGUGGAGUUUUCUGCAACUCUGGAGAAGUUGAGGCAUACUUGUGUGUCUGGGGUUUUUUUUGUUGUUUUUUUUUUUUUUUUUUGUCAUUCUUUGACUUUGUUGUUUUACCCAUUUGUUAUCUGUGGAAAACGUUUUAAGUUGUCAUGUGACAGAAACUUUUUCUUUGUCCAUGGAGGUGUUUCAUAAGUUUUUUGGUGUGUUUUCUAGGUCCUCUAUGUGUCAUAUGGUUUUACUUUUCACUCCUUUUUCGUUUUCAGAACAUUUUUCUGUCCGUUUUGGAUUCACUGCUUCCAUUUUACAGAAUGUCACUCUUUAGACUCUCAGUCCAUCAUGCCAUCGGGUACUCUUGUUGCAGUGUAAUUUUUAUUACAUGCGGUUAUUUCUCUAAUGAUGUGCUAUUCACGUUCAUCGUCAAACUCAUUUUCCAUCAGCCAAUGUCUACUGUUUAGUGCCCUGGCUCUAUUUCGGUCCUCCUCCCCGGCCUUUCCCUGGCUGCUGUGCUGGCCAAAAGCAUGGGCUUUAUUCUCUCCAUUGGCUGCUGCUCUACCUUAGAGGUGUGACCUCACUAGCGUUAACUGAGCGAGUCUGUUGUGGAGAAGUACCUUUGGUAGUAAUUUACUAGGAAAAAUUCUGAACAAGUAAAAUAUGAAGGAAACUCUUGUUUUUGAUUUUAGGUUUUUGAAGGUUCAAUCACUAAUCUUUAUGCCCUUAAUAUACAGAUAGUAGAUUAAACAAGGGAAGCAAGCCGUCCAAAAUCCAGGGUUCCUAGAGCCGUAUCUCAGAAUCGUAUGCACAUAGGUUGCAGUUAAGUCUUGCUCAAAGUUUUCUGGGAGAACCAAAAACUUUCAUUGUUAAUGGAAGUGUGGCAAUUGGAGCAGGUGACAAAGAACAAGCCCUUUCGAGUCCUCCCUUCAUUCACUGCACACAUGGGUUGCCUGUGGCGUCUGGGCCACUUGGUCUCCAAUGGUAGCAGAACACAGCAAGAAUCCAUGUGUUCUGCCUGGUGGCUGUGUGUGGUUGGCCUCCUGGGGUGCCUGUGGGCUGGGCAUGGAUGCUGUGGAGGACACUCCCUGUGCUGGACUGGCUGGAGCGAGGGCAGAUAGAGUGGACAGGGCUUGGACAUUCUGGAUGAAGAGCCAGUGGCCUCAGGGCAGAAAUGACACCAGGGUAACUCAUCAAAAUGUGCCUCCCAGGCUCUAGAAAAUCCCUGGUAGGGUCUGUGUGGCCUUUGCAGGAGCAUGUGGCCCAUCUGGAGGUGGGCUUGAGGGGACAGGGAGCCACAAGUAAAUAGAAACGGUAGUGAGGUUCACAUGUGCUAACAUUCACAGAUGUCAAAGUAGGCACUCAGCACAAUCCGCUUAAUAGCUCUCAUCCAGGUUUUGUAGCUGUCUGAAUCAGACCAUGUACAACCAAUGAUGAAGGCUAGAAUGGGGGAUGCAGUCAGGGCACUAGCCUUGAAAAGGGGGACAGGGAGAACCUUCAAAAACAAGUGGAGGAAAGGCAUCAGCAGGGUGCUUUCAACCACAUUCUUCCUAUUGUUCUUGAGCAAGUCCUGUGUGUGUGCCCAAUGCCUGUGUUGCGGAAGUUCUCACUGUAAACUUUACAGCAAUGCUGAAGCAGGAAUUAGCAUGCCUGAUUCGUGGUGAUGGGACCCACGUCUUUCUAUCCUUUUACCUUUACCUUGUCUUUGUCAUUGUAUUUGCAGUGAACCUCCUUAGGCAGCAUAUUAAUGGGUGGGGUUAUCUUUAUCCAAUUUCAUAAUUUCUAUGUUUGAAUUGGCACAUUUAUACCGUUACAUUUUAUGUAAUUAUGUGUUUGGACUUAUUCUUUGUUUCCUUUCCCUCCUCUGUUUUUUGUUCAUUUCCCCUCCCUUAGCUACCUUCUUUUGGAUUAUUGGAAUAUUUUUUAGUGUUCCAUUUAAAUUUACUGGCUUUGGGCCAUUGUUUUCUAAUUUUUUAUUGGUCGCCCUGGAGAUUACAGUAUACUUAGGAUUUUUGACAGUCUUCUUAGAGUCUCCGCUCUGCCACUUCAUGUGAGGUGUGGUCUCUUCCUCCACACCUCCCCGCCCCCCAUUCUAUCUUUGUCAUGUUAUCACAUUUACAUGCAUUGAAAAUCCUACCAGGUAAUGUGGCAAUUUUGUUUUCAACAGUAUAGAUUUUUUUUUUCUUUUUGGAGAUAGAGCCUUGCUCUGCCACCCAGGCUGGAGUGCAGUGGUGCAAUCUUGGCUCAUUGCAACCUCCGCCUCCCUCCCAGGUUCAAGCGAUUUUCGUGCCUCAGCUUGCCAAGCAGCUGGGACUACAGGUGCGCACCACCAUGCCCGGCUUUUUUGUAUUUUAGUCUCUACUCAGUGGUGUUUCAUCAUGUUUCCCAGGCAGGUCUCAAACUCCUGAGCUCAGGCAAUCUGCCCACCUUGGCCUCCCAAAGUGCUGGGAUUAUAGGCGUGAGCCACCGCACCCAGCCUCAACAGUAAUAGAUACAUGGAUAUAGAUAUAGAGAUAGAUAUAUAGAUAUAGAUAUAUAGAUACGUGGAUGUAUAGAUAUAGAGAUAGAUAUAUAGAUAUAUAGAGAUAGAGAUAUAGAUAUAGAUAUAUAGAUAAAUAGAUAUAGAUAUAUAGAUGUAUUUUUUUUGAGAUGGAGUCUUGCUCUGUCACCCAGGCUGGAGUGCAGUGGCACGAUCUCGGCUCACUGCAAGCUCCGCUUCCUGGGUUCACGCCAUUCUCCUGCCUCAGCCUCCCGAGUAGCUGGGACUACAGGCACCUGCCACCACGCCUGGCUAAUUUUUUGUGUUUUUAGCAGACACGGGGUUUCACCAUGUUAGCCAGGAUGGUCUCGAUCUCCUGACCUCGUGAUCCGCCCGCCUCGGCCUCCCAAAGUGCUAGGGUUACAGGCGUGAGCUACCAGAUAUUUUUAAUGAUUUAAAAAGUGAAAACAGCAUAUUAUGGUUCUCUAAAUAUAUACCAUUUCCAUUGCUCUUUCUGCAUUCCUGAAGUUCCAGGUUCCCUCUGGUAUCAUUCCCUUCAGGCUAAAUACCUUUCUUUAGCAUUUUCUUUUAAAGUUGGCAGGUGAAGCACUUUGGGAGGCCAAGGCGGGCAGAUCACUUGAGGUCAGGAGUUCAAGACCAGUAUGGCCAACAUGGUAAAACCCUGUCUCUACUAAAAAUACAAAAAUUAGCUGGGCGUGAUGUUGCCUAUAAUCACGGGAGGAUGAGGUGGGAGAAUCACUCGAACCCAAGAAGCGGAGGUUGCAGUGAGCCAAGAUCGCACCAUUGCACUCCAGCCUGGGCAACAGAGUAAGUGUCCACCUUGGCUCGUGGGUGGGAACUGACGAGCGCCCAACUCCAAGCUGUGUCCUCUCAAAAAAAGUAAAUAAAGUCUGCUGGUGAGGAAUUUUACACAUAUAAAUACAUAAAAUAUUUGAUUUGAGUUUAUCCCAUCUGGAGUUGGCCAAACUUUUUGAUUUUCAUAAGUUUAUAUCUUUCACUGAAUUAGAGAACUUUUCUGCCAUUAUUUCUUCAAAAUAAAUGUUUUACGUACUAAUAUCUUUCCAUUCCCCUUCUGGAACUUCAAAUACAAAAAUGAUAGAUGUUUUGAUAUUGUUUCACAGCUCUCUGAAGCUUUGUUCAUUUUUUAAAAAAAUAUUUUCUCCUGUUUUUCAGAUUAGAUAAUUUCUAUUGAUCUCUUUGUAAGUUUACUGACUCCUUCCUCUGUAAUCCCCCUUUUGCUAUUGAGACACUCAGUGAGCCUUUUUUUUUUUUUUUUACUUUGAGACGGAGUCUUACUCUGUUGCCCAGGUUGGAGUGCAGUGGGGCGUGAUCUCAGCUCACUGCAGAGUCCGCCUCCCGGGUUCAAGUGAUUCUCAUGCCUCAGCCUCCUGAAUAGUUGGGACUACAGGUGUGCGCCACCAUGCCUGGCUAAUUUUUGUACUUUUAGUAGAGACAGGGUUUCUCCAUGUUGCCCAGGCUGGUCUCAAACACCUAGACUCAAGUGAUCUACGCGCCUCGGCCUCCGAAAGUGCUGGGGUUACAGGCAUGAGCCACUGUGCCUAGCCAGCUUUUUUACUUCAGGUGAUUUUUUACUUCAGGUAAUAUGUUUUUCACUUCUACCAUUUCCACAUGCUGAGAAUGUCUGUCUUUUCACUCAUUCUUGGGGUGUCCACUCUUGCCGCGGGGAGCAUCGGGCUGGAAUUGCUGCUGUGAAAUCUUUUCCUGGUCCCUCCAGCAUCUGAGUCCUGGGGUUCUGCCAGCAAAUGUCUGUCUUUUCCCUUGAGACCGGAUCCAAUUUCGUCCUUGGCAUGUUGGGUAAUUUGGGGUUGUAUCCUGGAUAUUUUAAAUAAUCAGAUGCGAGGCUCUGAGGCCUGCGAGAACGCGCUUGAGAACGUUGGCAUUUUCACUUUGGCGGGCACUCAUCCCGGCUGGGUCAGGCCACAAGCCGUAUCCCAGCCUCUGUGUGCAAUGGAUCCGUGUUGGCUCCAUUCUCAAGGCUUUUGCUGUGCGGCAUGUUCCCCACACGUGCUGCUCAGCUCAGGCAAGCACCGAGCUUGUGUUGUUUCAUGCUCAGCGUGGAGGCCCCUCCUCCAGGUCGCUGCUCUGUGGGGUUCCCAUACACUCAGGCUCCUAGGAGGAGUCCAUUUAGAAAGCCAGGGUUUUUCUCAGAGUCUUAGUUCCUUGUGCUGUCAUCCAUUUCACACGACUUGGGCCCUGCUCGGGGCAACACAGCAAGAGAAAAGACAGGGAAAAUAAGAGAGGGACCUUGCACACACAUGCUCUGGACCACAGAGCCCUGUGCCCAGCUCCUCUGUCAAUACAGGUGGAAUCUCGUGCAGGAUCGCAGGGGUCUGUGAUGCCACCAAAGAGCAGGCCGGGACAGGGUUAGGAGAGAAAGGAGAGGGAAGUGGGGGUUUCUCCUACGCACUCUUGUUUGCAGAGGGAAAGGCGGGUUUGUAUUGGGGUUGUCGGUCUUUGCACCCAUGGCACAGUUGUGAGACACCCCCAUCCUCAGAUCAAAGCCACACAUACAGCUGGGGAAAAACAAAACAAAACAAAACAAAAACAGUAAACCUCCAUGCCAGUUGCUGGUAAGUUUUGAGUUUCCUCCCCAGCCAGCUGCUACUGUUAGCGUUUCACAGUCCUCCAGGAGUCGCUUUUUAUAUUCUGUCCAAAGGGAGAGAGGAGCUGUAGUGGCUGUGCUCCAUCUCUGCCAGCCCAGAAGUUUCCAGAAGUGCGCUUCUGAUUUUACAGGUGAAGAACCGGAGUCCUGGGGGUGUAACAAGCCCAGGUCCUCAAGGCAAGGGUGGGAAUUCACGAGCGCCCAACUCCAAGCUGUGUCCUCGCCCCGCAAGCUUGUGCUGGUCACUGCUGCCCUGUGCCCCCCGGAUAGAAACACUGCUGGAGGAGAAGCCUUUCUCAGAACCCUGGGGAAGGGGAUGGCCAGGCCACCUACACUCCUGGCCCUGCUCCACUGGCUGCACUGGAGUGGCAUCUGGAUGGACAGCAGCCGGCUGGAGACUGGGAGGAGGCCUGGGUGCAGGAGGCUGGGGCGCUGGGCAGCAUGCGCCGCGGGGCAGCAGGACGCAGGGGCCUCCCAGCCGGACUCGCACGUGGCACUCUCUGGGGCAGGUGGUGACGGGAGGCAGACACACUCCAGGGGAGUCCCUCAGUCACCAUGCUCCAGGUACUUGCACCUCACGUUUAGAACCAGGGUAGAUUUGGAGACUCCUGGGAUAUUUUGACAAAAUUUCUCUCCAAUCUCUAAGUACAAAGGAUGCUCCUACAAAGGGCCAGAUGGCAAGUCCUGGGAUGGAACCCCUGCCCUCGGUGCCACCACUGCUCUUUCAUAACUGUGGGCUCUUCCGAAAGUGACUUCAUGGCUCAGUGCCUCAGUUUCCCUUUUUGUAAAAUGGUCAUCAUGGCUGGGCGCAGUGGCUCAGGCCUGUAAUCCCAGCACUUUGGGAGGCCGAGGCGGGUGGAUCACGAGGUCAGGAGUUCGAGACCAACCUGACCAACAUGGUGAAACCCUGUCUCUACUAAAAAUACAAAAAUUAGCUGGGUGUGGUAGGCGCCUGUAAUCCCAGCUACUCAGGAGGCUGAGGCAGGAGAAUCACUUGAACCCAGGAGGCGGAGCUUGCAGUGAGCCGAGAUCCCGCCACUGCACUCCAGACUGGGCGACAGAGUCUCUGUCUCAAAAAAAAAAAAAAAGAAAAAAAAGGUCAUCAUAAUAACACUUAACUCACUCAGCAGUUGUGAGUACAAAUAAAAUUCAAAUCCUGGAAGUGUCUGAAAAACAUCCACAAGAAUGACAGAAAGGAGAAGCACGCUGUUGUUUUUGUUAGUUUUGACAUUCGUGUGGCUUUUUUCUUCCUAUCCGAAAAAGAGAUUUUCUCCCCAAUCAGCCCAAGUCAUCCUUCUAGUGGCAAGAAAAUUAGGAAUGUUAUGGAAAGAAUCCCAAAAGAAAAAACGAGUGAAUAUUCAGAUUCACAUUUUUCUUUUUUCUUUUUUUUGUUUUUUUCUUUUUUGAGACGGGGUCUCGCUCUGUCACGCAGGUUGGAGUGCAGUGGUACAACAGCUCACUACAGCCUCGAACUCCUGGGCUCAAGUGAUCCUUCCACCUUAGCCUCCCAAGUAGCUGGGACUACAGGUGUGUGCCACCAUGCCCAGCUGAUUUUUUUUUUAAGGACUAGAAAGUCAAAGACAAAUGCCCAGCAGAUUUUGUAGAGCUGGGGUUUCCCCAUGUUGCCUAGGCUGGUCUUGAACUCCUGAGCUCAAGCAAUCCACCUGCUUCGGCCUCCCAAAGUGCUGGAAUUACAGACAUGAGCCGGCACGUCUGGCCUAUAUUCUGAUUUAUAUUCAAAGUAGACUUUGCAGCAAGACAAUAGGCUUGGAAGACAGGUUAGUGACGCAGUUCAUGAUGGGGUUCACAAAGGGGCUGGUGAUGAGGUUCGAGAUGGCGUUUGUGAUAGGAUUGGUGUUGGGUUCAUGAUGGGGUUCGUGAUGGGGGUGGUGAUGGGUUACCCUGGAGACGGUGAGAAGGAAAGGCAGAGACGGAGGAGGUCAGAUGCUUGGCUUGUCUUCCCUUGACUCCCUCCAGUGCUGGUGGGGGUUGUUUCAAAAACAUCUGGACAGGCCAGGCAUGGUGGCUCACAUCUGCAAUCGCAGCACUUUGGGAGGCCGAGGCGGGUAGAUCACUUGAGCUCAGGAGUUUGAGACCAGCCUGACUAACAUCCAACAUGGUGAAACCCUGUCUCUACUAAAAAAAAAAAAAAAAAAAAAAAAAAAAUUAGCCAGGCGUAGUGGCAGGCACCUGUAAUCCCAGCUACUCAAGAGGCUGAGGCAGGAGAAUCACUUGAAUGUGGAGGCAGAGGUUGCAGUGUGUGGGGAAAAGCAAGAGAGAUCAGAUUGUCACUGUGUCUGUGUAGAAAGAAGUAGACAUGGGAGACUCCAUUUUGUUAUGUACUAAGAAAAAUUCUUCUGCCUUGAGAUUCUGUGACCUUACCCCCAACCCCGUGCUCUCUGAAACAUGUGCUGUGUCAAACUCAGGGUUAAAUGGAUUAAGGGCGGUGCAAGAUGUGCUUUGUUAAACAGAUGCUUGAAGGCAGCACGCUCCUUAAGAGUCAUCACCACUCCCUAAUCUCAAGUACCCAGGGACACAAACACUGAGGACGCAGGGACCUCUGCCUAGGAAAGCCAGGUAUUGUCCAAGGUUUCUCCCCAUGUGAUAGUCUGAAAUAUGGUCUCGUGGGAAAGGAAAGACCUGACCGUCCCCCAGCCCGACACCCGUAAAGGGUCUGUGCUGAGGAGGAUUAGCAUAAGAGGAAGGCAUGCCUCUUGCAGUUGAGACAAGAGGAAGGCAUCUGUCUCCUGCCUGUCCCUGGGCAAUGGAAUGUCUCGGUAUAAAACCCGAUUGUACGUUCCAUCUACUGAGAUAGGGAAGAACCGCCUUAGGGCUGGAGGUGGGACAUGCAGGCAGCAAUACUGCUUUGUAAAGCAUUGAGAUGUUUAUGUGUAUGCAUAUCUAAAAGCACAGCACUUAAUCCUUUACAUUGUCUAUGAUGCAAAGACCUUUGUUCACGUGUUUGUCUGCUGACCCUCUCCCCACUAUUGUCUUGUGACCCUGACACAUCCCCCUCUCAGAGAAACACCCACGAAUGAUGAAUAAAUACUAAGGGAACUCAGAGGCUGGCGGGACCCUCCAUAUGCUGAACGCUGGUUCCCCGGGUCCCCUUAUUUCUUUCUCUAUA